ACUCUGAGCAGAGACACUGCAGCACAUGCAGCCGGUGCGCCGUGGAGAACACGACCAGAGGAUCUCUCCAUCUGUGGCAAAGGCUCUGUGCGCAUCAGUAAAAUGAUGUGAGCGCGCGGCAGUGAGGGUCGAGUGAAGAGGAAGUCCUCUGUCUGUAACAGCGCGCAGCUUGGCACGAGACGACCAACGCAUCCAGCGAAGAUUGAUGCGCCCUCACAGUCUGACUGGAAUGCCACUGUGUGUGGCUUUUCACGCGCAGCUUGUGGCUCAUUUGAGAAGACGUUUGAAGCGUGCUGCAGGUUUUUCAUUGAGGCCAGAAAGGACCUGUUCAGCAAAUCUCCAGAACAAAAUCAUGUAACAGAGCAUCAUCCACAAAUACCAAAGGAUUUCCAAUGAAUAAACAGCUGCAGACAAUGAAGACUAUUAAUGGGACAUAUCUUGACUAUUUAAAAUCUUCACAUGGAUUUAUUUUUAUUUAUGCUUUCCUAGUGCAGUGAACUCCUCCUUUUCCCAUGUUUGCUCAUUCAUUAUUUAAGCUGUUGGAUGUGGUUCCCUGGGUGAUAAUAAAGUCAUCAUGAGCUCCUCCAAAGCUAGAACUGCGAUGCAUGGAGCAGCUGAAAAGAGAUUUAAGACUGCAGCCCUAUCCUGCAGAGAGACGCUAUGUCCUGUCCCUUUUGUCACUCAUCUCGUCCUACUGCUCUGCUCCGUGGUGUCCCCAUCUCUGUCUAUUCACAUGGAGUACAUCGAGAGCCACAGCGAGUUCACCUGUGAGCCCAUAAGACUGAGAAUGUGCCAGGACCUGCCUUACAACACCACCUUCAUGCCCAAUCUGUUGAAUCACUAUGACCAGCAGACCGCGGCACUCGCCAUGGAGCCGUUCCAUCCUUUGGUAAACCUGGUGUGCAGCGCUGACCUGAGGAUGUUCCUCUGUGCCCUGUAUGCCCCGGUGUGCACAGAAUACGGCCGAGUGUCCAUGCCAUGUCGAGGAAUCUGCCAGCGCGCCAAAGACGAGUGCAACAAACUCAUGGAGGUGUUUGGCCUGACCUGGCCAGAAGACACAGAGUGUAGCAGGUUUCCAGACUGUGAUGAGUCUUACCCGCGCCCUGAGGACUUGGAGACAAGCCCUGAGCCCACAGACCAGUCGUCACUGACGGUGCAGAGGGACUAUGGUUUCUGGUGUCCCCGAGAGCUGAAGAUCGACCCUGAGCUGGGGUACUCCUUUAUGGGCAGGAAGGACUGUUCUCCUCCCUGCCCUUCGAUGUAUUUCAGCCAAAAAGAGCUGACGUUUAUGCGCUACUUCAUUGGGGUUAUAUCCGUCCUCUGCCUGUCUGCAACUCUCUUCACCUUUUUGACAUUUCUCAUUGAUGUUACAAGGUUUAGAUAUCCAGAGAGACCAAUCAUCUUCUAUGCUGUGUGUUACGUCAUGGUCUCCCUUGUGUUCUUCCUUGGUUUUCUUUUGGAGGAGCGGGUGGCAUGUAACGCAGCCAACCCUGGCCAUUUCAAAGCUGCAACCAUCACCCAGGGCUCACACAACAAGGUAUGCACCCUGUUCUUCAUGGUGCUGUAUUUCUUCACCAUGGCGGGCUCUGUGUGGUGGGUCAUAUUGACAAUCACUUGGUUCCUGGCUGCUGUUCCUAAAUGGGGCAGCGAGGCCAUAGAGAAGAAAGCGCUCCUCUUUCAUGCGGUGGCCUGGGGCCUCCCAGGGGCCCUGACCGUCACCCUGUUGGCCCUCAACAAAAUUGAAGGAGAUGGGAUCAGUGGAGUGUGUUUCAUAGGACUGUAUGACAUAGACACCCUGAGGUGGUUUGUUCUGGCACCGCUCUGCUUCAACGUGGCGGUGGGCGUGGCCUUGCUCUUAGUGGGCAUUGUGGCUCUAAACCGUGUCCGGAUGGAGAUCCCUCUCGAGAAGGAGAACCAAACCAAACUGGUCAAGUUUAUGAUCCGCAUGGGCAUCUUCUCUGUGCUGUACCUGGUGCCCCUGGUCACUGUUAUAUGCUGCUAUUUUUAUGAACACACUUAUCGAACGCUUUGGGAAACAACCUGGAUGGAGGAGAACUGCCGAUUCUAUCACAUCCCCUGCCCAUAUAAGGUGGAGCAGACCAGUCAUCCAAUUAUGGUUUUGUUCCUUGUUAAAUAUCUGAUGAUGCUGGUGGUUGGUAUUCCCUCGGUUUUCUGGGUCGGAAGUAAGAAGACCUGUUACGAAUGGGCCAAUUUUCUUCAAGGACGCAGACGUAAAGACAGUGGCGUAAAUGAAUCUCGUCAGGUUCUUCAGGAGCAGCCGGAUUUCACCCAGUCUUUACUGCGUGAACCAAAUACACCUGUGGUCCGCAAGUCAAGAGGAACAUCCACACAGGGCACAUCCACUCAUGCCUCUUCUACAAACUUGGCUGUUAUUGACGACCAGGACAAACCACAAAGGGCACAUCACGGACAUCCCUCGUCCACCAGGAGCAGAGGCAGCAGUGUCCACAGCAAGGCCAGUUAUCAUGGCAGCCAGAGACGCCCACGAGACGACAGGAAUGAUUCGGUGACUCCUCAUGCUACAGACGAGCAGAGUUUACGCAGCGCCGUGCCACCCAUUGAGCAGCCAGCGUCCGCUCACAGCAGCCUGCAUCAGAUCGACAACCACUCGAAACAAGGAAGUCAACGGGACACCCCUGAAGCCUCAAAUACUGUGAUCACCCACGGGACCAUCACGCUUGACCCGCCAGCCCCAGACAACGAUGCAACCAGUGCCUGAACAUUGCUUUAAAAGUUGUUCGUAAUAAUCAAGGAGCUGUGUGUGUUUCCUCUCAUCACUGAUGGCACUUAGGACUGUUCACUGCGGAGCGCUGUGGUCACAUGUGCUGUUCACGGGGUUUUUAACUGCAGUGAAUACUUUUUUUUUUACUUCUGCAGCUGAAAAAAACAUGGGGGGAAACAUCAAGUCGAAGGGAUUUGGUGAAAGACAAGACGUUGGGACAAUGAUGAACUGAAGUCAUAUGUUUACUUUCAGAUCUGGGAUUUCUGAGGACUGGGAAAUACUGGAGAAGUCCUUUCUUACAGGGUAUACAGAAUAAUGCCUUUGUUACAAUCAACGUUUUUGGUACUUUUUACAGACAGAAAGUAUGUCUUGCAGUUUAUUCUCUUAAUUUUCCAAAAACUCAAUUAUCAAUAGUUUUAUCUUGCACUGUAUGGGUGACAAAUAUGGGCCUGUGGUUAACAAUUUUAAGCUGUGAAGCGUAUGAAAGUGGGGCUGUAAUGCUCACUGCUACAAAACUCUGUGUGAAGAGAAGGGAGGACUACGGUUGGGAGUCACAGUGAAAUGUGCAUGCACUUGAAUUACGUGGUUUAGCUCUGUUUGUCUCUAAGAAAAGUUUAACACCGGCUCCAAUCAUAAAACAAAAUGGGCAGCUUCAGAAAGACACUGUUCUUCAGUAUCUCAUAAAACUCUCUUAAAGACAUCAGUAUUGUUUUAUAAACCAGUUUUUCUCUCUUGAUGCCUCAUAUCUGCACAUUGAAGAACCUUUAAUAUUUAUAUUAGAGGGCUACUUAUCAAAGGCUAAUCGUGGUAUCCUCAACAGUGUACUUGCUGUGACAAUGGUAUUUCUGUUGAUUUGGUUUUUAUUAGCAGUGACUGUGAAGCCUCCAUGUUGUGCUUUUUUCACAGUUCUGUCUUUUUCUCUUGUCUUUGGUGAAAUGUUAAUGGACCUACCUCAGCUGUACUCACAGAUCUGCACACAUAGGAAACAGGGUGUUUUAUACAAUAAUGCAAAACAUUCAACAUUAAAACAUGCCUAACAUUUAUAUCAACAGUAAUCUUAACUCCAGUUUAGUAAAUCAUCAAAUUAUCUCUGUUAAUAUUAAUCUCUUUUUAGCUUUUCACUAGUGGUCAAUUAUGUGACUGAGGCCAAUUGUUUAAAUCACAGUGUGCUUCACAUCCUUUUGCCUUUAGUGUCCCAAACUGCCUGCAUUACAUUUAUCUCAUCUCUCUUUUUGGACCUAUAGCAGCUGUAAUAAUGUUGUACCAUCUAAACUUACUGAUGACUUUGUAUACCACCAUUUUAAUGAAUGCUCAUUUUAAUUUAUUGAUCCAUUACAAAAUGUCCUGGAAAAGCUGUACUUUUGCUGAUGUACAAACGACUUUGUAAUGAACUGCAUUUGUGACAUUUACAUUGGUGGUAUAAUUUUGUGAUUUUUUUUUUUUAAAUGUACAUGCCUUUUAACUUAUUUGCAGUUUUAAACUGUUACAACUACUUUUAUAUCCAUUCUAAUAAAUUUG